ACUUAUCUAUUGCCCCAGCAGAUGUCACUUAUGACUUAGCUUGUGGGUUAAGCUUAAGCCUCCGUUUCCCGUUUGAUAAAUGUGCUUGUUUUGUGGUUGAGUUGUUCGUUGCGUUUGAUUAUUUAACACAAAUCCGGGUUUGUAGAUUCGUGGUCUUUGUGUGAAUAAUCUUUGAGACGAUUAUUUUAUUUCUUGUUGCCUCGCUUUUUUAAUUGAUUUGGAAAUUCUUUAGAGGUUAGGCAAGCAAUUCAAUAUUUACUAUGGAGCCAAAAACUGAUGAUAAGCCUUGCAGAAAAUCGGAAGAUUACGAUAGUUAUCGCCAUAUCCUUAACAAAGUGAUAUCUUGGAUCUUUCCACAAUACGAUUAGUUGUAGCAUCUAAAUUGAGGAAACUAAUAUCAUCAAACAGGAUAAUAACUUUGAAAAACCAUUAUUGUAGUAUGCAGAAAAAUGAACACUGGAUUGGUGUUAACCAGGUGAAAAUGAAGAAUCAGUUAGUAGUUGAGGUUAAAUCUGAAAAACCAGAUACAGAACCAACCGUGGACGACCUGAAGAUUGAAAACAUGGACACGAUGAUACUGAAUGAACAGCUUAACAUCAAAUCUGAAUAUAAUGAAGAUCCUGUAUGUCAUUUAAUAUGGGACAGAGUUAAAGAAGAGAAAAUAGAAUCGGGGAUUGAACCUGACUCGACAGCAGAUUCUGUUGAACAGAGGAAGCUGGGGUUCCAAGAAUCUGAAAAGAUGGAAGAAAAACCAGAUUUAAGCAGCACAGAUUUUGAAAAUAUGGACGCAGUGGGGCUGCAUGAAGAGUUUGACAUCAAAACUGAGAGCGACCAAAGUGACGACCAUAACUCGCCGACCGAUAGCGCACAAAUAAAGAAAAAUCGGAAAAAGGAACUGGGAAAUUCACCGAUCGAAGAAGGAAAAAAGAACUGGGAAAUUCACCGAUCGAAGAAGGAAAAAAGUCGUUCAGCUGCCAUAUUUGUAAUUAUACGAGCCAUUGUAAAAAGGGUUUGAUCUGCCAUAUCAAAAGGAACAAUUGUUAUUUAGUAUCUAUUUUGAGGAAAUCACGAUCUGUAUCAAAAAAACAGUAUCAGUAUUGUUGUAUCAAAUGUAAUAAGGUGUUCAAAAACAAAGCAUCACUAGAUAACCAUUUGGUUAAAAAUCAUGCAGGAUCUAUUGCGUCAGUUUCAUCUAAAAUACAUAAAUGCACAUUCUGUGAUUUUAAAACCGCUUAUAAAAAGCAUUUACCCAGGCAUAUGCUAAGACAUACUACUAAACUGAUCAUAUGCAAACAUUGUAAUACGUCAUUUAAAACAAAACAAUCACUGUUUGACCAUAUUUUAAGAAUACAUCCAAACUUUAUUGGGACAAUUUCUAAUAAGAUAUAUGAAUGUAUGCAUUGUGCACACAAAGGAACCCGUAGGAGUAAUUUUAUAAGGCACAUGGCAAAACAUAAUAGUCAAACGACUUUCAAGUAUAUAAACUGUGACGCUUCGUUUAAUACUAAACUACGAUUAGAAAAUCACAUUUUACAGAAACAUCCCAAAUUUGCCGUAUCCGAGUCUAGUAAAAUACGUGAAUGUACACAUUGUGAAUAUAAAACUGCAUAUAAGGAGCAUUUAGUUAGGCAUAUGUUGAAACAUACUGGAGCUAAGUGCACGUGUACAAAGUGUGAUGCGUCAUUUACAGAGGAACGAUCGUUAGACAACCACAUUUUACAGAAGCAUCCAGAGUUAAGUGCUUCUGUAUCUGAUAAGAUACAUAAAUGUACACAUUGUGAAUAUAAAACUACAAAAGCGCAGUAUUUAGCUGAGCAUAUAAGGAAACAUACUGGAGUUAGGCUGACGUGUACAAAGUGUGAUGCGUCAUUUAUAAAGAAAAUAUCACUACACAACCACAUUUUACGGAAGCAUCCAGAGUUAAGUGCUUCUGUAUCUCAUAAGAUACACGAAUGUACACAUUGUGAAUAUAAAACCGCGCACUCGCACCACCUUGCUAGUCAUAUGAUGAAGCACACUGGAACUAAGGUGACGUGUACAAAGUGUUAUGCGUCAUUUAUAAUGAAAAUAUCACUACACGACCACAUUUUACGGAAGCAUCCAGAGUUAAGUGCUUCUGUAUCUCAUAAGAUAUACGAAUGUACACAUUGUGAAUAUAAAACUACAAAAGCGCAGUAUUUAGCUGAGCAUAUACUGAAACAUACUGGAGUUAAGCUGACGUGUACAAAGUGUGAUGCGUCAUUUAUUAGGAAACUUUCGUUAGAUAACCACAUUUUGCAGAAACAUCCAGAGUUUACUUCUUCUGUAUCUCGUAAGAUACAUAAAUGUACACAUUGCGAAUAUAAAUCUCUACAUAAGCCGCAAUUUAUCAUACAUACGAUGAAACACACUGGAGCUAAGCACAACUGUACAAAGUGUGAUGCGACAUUUACAACCAAACGAUCGUUACACAACCAUAUUGUACAGAAACAUCCUCAGCUUACUGCUUCUGUAUCUAGUAAGAUACAUAAAUGUACACAUUGUGAAUAUAAAACUACACUUAAGAAGAAUUUGACUAAGCAUAUGAUGAAAUGUGAUGCGUCAUUUCCAAGAAAAGAAUACAUAGACAACCACACUUCAGAGAAGCAUCCCCAGCUUACCGCUUCUGUGAACAAAUUGAAAAAAUCUCUCGAUCGUUUCAAUACGUCGAGUUGUGAUAUCUACGAAUGCUGUAAUGUGACAUUUGAUUGCAAAUCGACAUUUGAUGAUCACGUAAUUAAAAAUCAUGCGGAUAUUGUGCGAUGAACUACAAAAAAAUAUAUUACGUAAAAUACAUCAUAAUGUAACGCAUAUAGUCACAGGGUAUUCUGAAAGUUGGAACUUAUUUUUUAAGAUUUGUUUAGCAUUAAAGUUACAAUGUCAAUUUUGUAUAAUUAUUCGUUUAUACAUUUUUGUAAACCAUUUUCUGUAAUUUUACAUUCUUCUCUAUUAAAAUCACAUCACAAUGCAUUUUGAGUAGGUAUUCAUAAAGUGAUUUUUUAAUUUCACCUUAAACGUUUUUAAAUUCCAACACUGUUUAAUAUGAUUAUUCAAUUUAUUAUAUUCAAAUACUCCCUCUUGAAAUACAGAUUUGCUAGUUAUGCUACAAGUACAAUUUUGCAGAUGAAAAUCUAUACUGCCUCUAGUUUCGUAGUUAUGAAAUGACUAUUUAAUUUUGUGAAUUUUUUUAAAUGUAGUGGUAAUAAAUGAUUUUUUAAUUUGAAUAUGAAAUGAAAACUAAGUAACAUAUGGAAUUCUUUACAUUCAACCACUGUAGUUCUUCUAAAAUAGACUUAAUCCUCAUAGCUUUAUUUUGCAGAAUUUGUAAUUUUGAAAAAAUGUUUUCAUUUCAAUAAAAUAAUUCCGUCCUAAUCGAACCUCAUCAGUCUAGUUUUUUAUUCGUCGACUAUGUGUUCCCUUCACUGUUGCUCAAAAACAAUUUCAGCAACAAUCUCGCCGACUUAGUAAGUAG